ACGUGUUGUGAUUAUAAUAUUGUUGUUAUAAUAUAGUCAUAUGUUUUGUCAAUUUGUUUGCAAAUUAUUUUUGAUACCGAAAUUGUUUACCGAAAUUGUGGUCACAUCUCGAUGUGUGUCUGAUAACCGGUUACAAUGAGUGACACCGAAAACACUGAUAGUAAUCAAUUGAUGGUUUGGCCAUUUGAUGAGUUAAAUCAAUUGGAUGACCGAUUGGUCGCCGACUAUGUCCGCCAAUUAUCAUCGCUCGGUAUUAACAAUCUUAUUGUUGAACCGCAACGACUCAGUGACAUGAGAUUAGCCGCAAUUGAUAAGACACAACAAUUGGCUUAUAAUAACUACAAGACAUUUAUAUUGAGCGGUAAAUGCGGCCAACGGGUGACCAACGACUUGGAUGAUAUGCAAAGUAUUAUUGACAAUGCUAUCGAAAAGUUACCGAAAUUGAGUUCAAGUUGUCAGCAAUUUUCUUCGGCCGCCAAAGUUAUUUCCAAUCGUUGGCGUGAAGUUUCGCAAAUGCUAUCAAAACAUCCGCAGAUUCUGGAAGUGCUAGAAAUACCGCAACUUAUGGACAGUUGUGUCCGCAAUAAUUGCUACGAAGAAGCUCUUCAAUUGUAUUCUUAUGUCCAAAAGCUUAACAAACGAUACGCUGAUUCGGUUCCUAUUAUUUCUAGUAUAUCUAAAGACACUGAUCUGUGCCGUGAAAUGAUGAUCAAUCAGUUAUUAAAAGAGUUAUCCGUUAAUAUUCAAUUACAUUCAUGUCUUAAAAUAAUUGGUUAUUUGCGAAGAACCGAUAAAUUCAGUGAAACACAGCUAAGGAUCAAAUUCUUGAGCGCUCGCGACCAAUGGUUACUAUCGUUGAUCAAAGAGAUCUCAACUAAUAAUCCACUGAUUCACAUAACAAAAGUAAUUGAGACAAAUCGUGUGAAUCUGUUUGAUAUCGUCACUCAAUACAGAGCUAUAUUUGCAGACACGGAUCCAAUUGUAUCUCAAAAACAUCUCUAUUAUGGCAUAACAACAAAUGCAUCGAACCGUGACUUUAAUGACAGUGCAAUUAUUAACAGUUGGGUUCAGUUUAAAAUCAACAAUUUUCUCAAUGUGUUAGCUAAAGAUAUCAAUGAUUGUGUUAACAAUGAGUUUGGACACUACUAUCCAAUUGAGUCGAUAAUAGAGCCGGCAUUUUAUUUUGGACUAUCUAUGAGCCGAAUUGGAGCCGAUUUCCGACCACAACUCAUGCCUAUUAUAAUUGAUGCCAUUUGUAAACGCUUUCUUCGUGUUGUCAAUGAGGCGACAAAAAAAUUUGAAACAUCAAUACAAAAUUUUACAUUGACUUCACAUUUUGUCAAUCCAACAGCUAUUGAUGACCAACAGAGUGAAGAUGAAUUGAAUCCACCUCUAAGUUUGAGUGAAUUUCCUAUUUUAGCUAAUUAUUGCAACGAUAUAUUGAAUGGUAUGAAUGAACUCCGACGGACCACACCAUUGGCUGCCAUUGCAUUUUUGACCAACACUUUGAAUGAUUCAUUUCAACGAUUAUUUUUUGUCGUUUCUAAAUAUUUCAGAGCUGAAGAGUCGGGUCUCACUCAAAACGAAAGACAAAUUCUUUAUCGAUUCUGUAAUCAAUUUUCAACCGAACUCUUACAACAUUUGGCCAAAUGUUUUGAUCGGAUUCUACCAAUGAAUUUAGUGGCCAACCGUUUGGGUGUUACUACUAUCGAGUUUAAUAAAGUAAAGGACCACUUCUCACACCUAAACAAUACAUCGAUCGCUGAAUCGAUGAACCGAUUAUUGUUGUCAUCAAAUAGUGUGACGAGUGAUAUGACAUAAAAAAAAGAUUUCAUUCAAAUGUCAUAUCAAUUUGUGAUAAGACUUUUGACGUGAAGACAAUAGCUGUCAAAUUGUCUACUGAUUUACCAUUUAAAUGAGUUUCAAAUUAUUAUUUAUUAUUAUUAUUUUUGUU